AUGUCUUCCCGACCGACCCAAGAAAUGGAUACUACACAAGACCAAGCAGAGAAUACUGCCUUGCCAGGUUCUACGGCCUCAAACUCGAAAGCAAAGGAAGCCAGUACCAGUACCAUGCAUUUCACGUCGCGCAAUCCACCAUGGACCUACCUUAAGCUACAACUUAUCCCCCAACCCGGAUCAACAGCUACACAGCCACUUGACGAGCUCUCUGCGCGCACCUACCUAUCUGCUGCCCUAUCCCAGUUCCUCGGUCUCACAGGCACAGCCAUUCCCAUUGAUAUCCUCAAAACAGAGCCUGCAUCCCCCACAGCAGAAAAAUAUGACAUGGCAUGGAUUCGUGUCCCACGCGAAGAUGGAGCCUCUGUCGUCGCAGCACUGAGCUCUUGGGUUGGCAGUUUUGGAAGCAUAACCUUGGCAUGGAGAGUGUGCGCCAAGGGAAAUUAUUUAGGUGCAUUGGUUGCUGGAUCUGGACGGAACUUGUUUGUUCCCUAA